AUUGAAAUCGCUUUUUUUGUGAUGGAGGCAGAAACAGGAAAGAACGAAGAGUUUGUUGAUUUAAUCUCCUCGGGGAGACCAAUUGAUAAUUUCUUGACCCGCAGCAUUUCUUCCAGAGACCCAUGCAGAUAUUUGUUCGAGAGGACAAAACGCCUGUUUUCUUCCGGUGUGUUUUUGAAGGCCUCUGCAUACGCUGUCGGAUUCUGGAACCCCAGCAAAGGAUUCCGCGGUAUAAUGGCAGCGAUCGUAUUAUUACUGGAUGUAUAUUACCUCUUUGAAGCCGUUUAUUAUGCUUUCGUGUGUGGCCAUUUUGACACACCCCUCGACCCUUGGAUGUGUGUGAACGUCUCCACUACAAACUCAUCAGGUACAAGUAAGGCAACUUUACCUGAACUUCUACACGGAGUUGAGCUGAUCAACAUUUUAUAUCUGGUCUCCUGCUUUGCUGUGCUCAUGUCCAAUGCAGCAUUCGUUUGGUGUAUGUGGAAUCUGAAACGACGAUCGGAUCAUUGCGUGACACUAGAUCAGUCCUAUUCCGCAGCCGGACGCUCGCUCUGGGUCACGCUAAACCUCACCAUGCUUAUUUUUGGCUCCUGCCUUGUGAUUAAGGUUUUAUGGUUCAACUUGACCAUCAAUGCGCCGCUCGUUAAUUACGUGUCAGUUUCUCUGAGCAUCAUUCCACGCUGGAGUAUCCUUACAAGUUGCUGGAUGUUUUCAGUCAUCACCAACGCAAUGAAAGACUGCGUGACAUCAUGUCACGCGGAAAUCCGAAUCACCACCAACAGCAGCUUAAAUGACGUCAUACGCAUUCAUAAGCGCCUUUGUAAACAGAUUUCUUGUACUUCCGAGUCUCUGAAACCAUGGUUUGUAAUUCACUGGUUUGUUUUGGCGAUAACGACCGUCAUUUAUAUUGCAGAUAUGGUGGAUUUUUUUCAACAAAAUGCCAGCGAGUGGUACGAUUUGUAUCAGGACGCCCUUGUAAGUGUGGUAUACCUGUAUGCGUUUGUCUACCCAAGCUACUGUGCCGCUUCAGUGACUGCUCGCUGCAAUCAAAUGCUUAAGGAACUAAAUAUGACUUCUGACGAGGAUUGGGACACAGGACACCCAUUCCACAGCCGGGCCCAGCUGGCGCUCUUCAUCCAGUGUGCACAGUACACUGAAUGUGGCUUCCAAGCUGGUGGAGUCACAUUUGGCUCCAACUUGGCGUGGUUUUCAACCCUCGUUGCAAUGUGUGGCUUGGGUGUGAAAGUGCUCUGAGGAAGAAACACUCAAUGCAGUCUUCACAAGAAUGAAUGCUAGCAGUUGUUACGUUGUUAGGAAGUGCUUUUCAGCCUACCUAAGGACCACUUCUAAAACUUUCCUGAUCAUGUCUUCCAUCAUGAUCACAUGACAGAUGAUAAGCUUGCGUGAUUCUUGAAUUAAAUAUGGUCAAAUACGCGAUUUUGUAAGGCUAUUUUGGAGGAGAUGGGCGAGAUAAUCAGUUUAAGUAUGGUUUCACACGCUAACGCAUUUAUUACGUUAUGGGUAGUUUUCUUUCUGUACUCA